AUGAGGAUCCACACUGGAGAGAAACCUUACACAUGUGAUCAGUGCGGGAAGAGUUUUGCAGAAAAAGGAGUCCUUAAGAUGCACAUGAGCAUCCACACUGGAGCGAAACCGUAUGAAUGUGAUCAAUGCGGAAAAAUAUUUUCACGUGCUUCGUACCUGAAGCAGCACCUAAAAGUACAUACGCCGGGGAAACCACAUUCAUGUGCUUUGUGUGGAAAAAGUUUUUCACAUCUGCAGAAUUUAAGAGUUCAUCAGAAAAUACACACUGGUGUGAGAGAUCACAUGUGCUUUGAGUGCAAGAAGACUUUUAUUACAGCUUCAGAUUUGAAACAGCACCAGAGGAUCCACACUGGAGAGAAACCUUACAAGUGUUCACACUGUGACAAGAGAUUCAGUCAGUCAGCACCCCUUAAAUCACAUGAGAGGAUCCACACUGGAGAGAAACCUUACAAGUGUUCACACUGUAACAAGAGAUUCAGUCAGUCAGCACCCCUGAAAUCACAUGAGAGGAUUCACACUGGAGAGAAACCUUACAAGUGUUCACACUGUGACAAGAUAUUCAGUCGGUUAGGAUCUCUGGAAACACAUGAGAGGAUCCACACUGGAGAGAAACCUUACAAGUGUUCACACUGUGACAAGAGAUUCAGUCGGUUAGGAUCCUUGAAAUCACAUGAGAGGAUUCACACUGGAGAGAAACCUUACAAGUGUUCACACUGCGACAAGAGAUUCAAUCAGUCAGGAUCCCUGAAAUCACAUGAGAGGAUUCACACUGGAGAGAAAGCGUAUCACUGCACUGUAUGUGGGAAGAUUUUCAGUCAAUCAUCUUCUCUAAAGAGACAUAAAACAAGCAAUCACUGUAAGUAGUUAUCUGCAGGUCCACUGCAUUCAAGUGCUACACCUCAUCUCCUCAUAAUAAUUUGUCAAGAAACAUCAUCUAAAUUAUUCACAGUGAAUAAAGAUCAUCUUCAAGACCAUCUGUGAGAUUCAGAUCAACUCAAAGAUAGAGCUUGUCCACUAAGUACAAUAUUGAAAGUUUUAUUCUUGUAUACAACUUUGAUCAUGAUAUAAAUUAUAUUAUUAUGCA